AUGGACCAACGUGGAAUCGGUCGCAGUACAAUGCUAAAUUGCGUCGACAUGCCUUUGACUUCCACCUAUGUAUCGUCGGGCAGCAGCUUUAAUGUAUCGCAAGUCCCUGUGUGCGCUCAUGCUUUGGAAAAGAAAUACGGAUCCCUUUCUUCAUUUUCGAUCACGAGCGCUGCAAAGGAUGUUGCAACUUUUAUAUCUGACUUCUCGAAUGGUAUGAAUACUAUUGUGAGCGGCAUGAGCUAUGGUACCAUCGUUGCAGAACGAUUAAUUCAUCUCAACCCCCGUGAAGUGACGGGGUACUUUCUGGAUAGUAUAUUCACGACUUCUGGAGCACCUCAAGACAAGACCUUGUACACUUCAGCUUGGGACACGAAUUAUGGAAAGGUGGGUGAUGCUUUCAUGGCUCUAUGUAAAACGGAUAGCAAGUGCAGCAAGCAUUUUGUGCGAAACAGUCUGCAAGCUACGCUUCAAGAUUUGAUCACAAAAUUUGAUGAAAAUCCAAAGUCAAAAUGUGGUGCUCUUAUGAGCAAAUUGUAG